CUUCUCCCUCGUCGUAUUGCAUCUAAUUGCUAUCGUGCAACUGUGAUUCGUUCUUGUCUUCGUCCUCAUUGAGUUUUCCCUUUAGUGAAUAGCAACAAGAAAAACACUUUGCACCACCACCAUCCAUAACACAAAGAGAACUUCUCCCAAGCAGCAGGUGCAAGUAAGCAUCUCUUUUAGCGUAUCCACCCACCGUUGCCCUCUCCUUUUGCAUUUCGCGCAUAUUUCGAAGUCAAAAUCAAAAAGGUCUCGAAAGUUUCAUCUCUACUCUCAUAGCAUCUCGAAGAACACUUCGCACCACAAAAAAACUAAACAAGCACCAUGGAUGUCUUGGGCGCACUUUUCUGCCAGGAGAUCCCGGGGAACUUCUUCCUCGACCUGAUCUUUGGACGCGACGUAGACUGCGGCCCGCACAUUGCGCUGUUCAACCUGCCGCUGCCCUUGUUCGUUCCCCUCGUCGUCGCCGUCGGGUCCAUCUACAUCACGAUGACGGUUCUGCUGUCGCCGGACGAAAGCAGCUACGAUGCCGUGAACAAUGCCCUGAACGCCGCAGUCGAGGAGCCCGCGCGGGAUUUUCAGACCUCCCGCGAUACGGCGUUCCCGGCCGGCACCGACCGCAAUUUCGUGACCACCGUGGCGCCGGAUGCGACGUACGGCAUGAAAACUGCGGGCGUGUUUGAGGCGACCGGGGCGGGCGCCCGCGACGCGGCGACGCUCGAGGGUCGCCGCAACCUCGGCCUGGGCGAGAAGACCAGCGGGCGGGGCGUCGUCCCGGGUGUGGGGCUCGGCAUGAACCUCAAAAACGUCCACCGCCCCAUCGGCUUCGAUCCCACGCGGUCCGUGGGUGUCGCUGCCUAAGACCACGGGGUAGCAGUUUGUUGAUGAGUGCUGUUGUCAAAUAAAUCUUCAUGGCAGUACAAGAAUAAGCUAAGACUCGUGCAGCAGCAGCCAGGCAGAGAAACUUUUAGCAUCUUCCGAUUCUUGCUCCGUCUGUCUCCGUGAUAAUCUUCUUCUCCGUCCCAGCUGCUGGUGCCCUCAACAGGCGUAUUUCUAUUUUUGAAGUCUCUUUCUUAUUCUUUCUAUCUCCGUCGAGCCGUGAAAACAUAAAAAUUUAUCUUAUGCAAAGUAUGCCGCCAGAAAUUAAGAUAAGACAUUAAGCAGAAUCUUCCAAAGGAUUUUUUUCCAUACUCUCUUUUUUUGCAAAAAAACACUUCAAUUUUUACCCGCCGGUAUUCCCCCUUCCCCCUGCGUCCACUCGAUAUUGUACAGCCAUUCCCAAUGAAAAAUAUUUGCAUGCUUCCGCGUUGGCGCUCCAAGCAUACUCAGAAGACACCGCGAGCAUGCAAAGAGAGUCACCACGUGGGUGAAAUUUUUUCAUACCGAGAUGUACUACUGCCCACAUCUACAGACACAGUACCUAUGAGACAUCCUCAUCCAUGACCAUGGUUUAUUUUCCCACUACCGCUGCAUUAUGAUUAUGUUUAUGUUCUCUUGUAUUUGGGGUGAGAAUGUAAAAG